AUGAACAAAGGCAAGGCUGUCGAGCAAACUCCACAACAUAAUCACGACAGUGAUCUCGAGCAACUACCAGAAAACCCCGAAUCAGCAGGGAACACAAGCAAGUUUGCCGAAAGAAUCCCGGCGCCACCCUAUACACCUAUCGAAACCAACACAGAGUAUUGUCAUAGCAAUUCUCACACGAGCUCACCAGCCUUCCCGCCCAACGGACACCAAAGAUUAACCUCAGAAGCCUUUCCGAAUCGACUUAACAUCGUGAUCCAAGUCGUGGGCAGCCGUGGAGAUGUGCAGCCAUUCAUCGCACUGGGCCUCGCCCUCCAGAAACACGGACACCGAGUACGCAUAGCAACACACAAUGUCUUUCAACAAUUCGUCACCUCCUCGGGUCUGGGCUUCCACCCCGUUGGCGGUGACCCGGCGGAACUCAUGGCCUACAUGGUGUCGUCGCCCAGACUUGUCCCCGACCUCGCGACCCUCCGCGCUGGCGCCAUUGCGCGCAAGCGCCACAUGUACGAGGAGAUGCUCAAGGGUUUCUGGGAGUCUUGCCUGGCAGAGGAUCAAGAAACGGGCGUUCCCUUUGUCGCCGACGCCAUCAUUGCCAACCCGCCCAGCUUUGCCCACGUACACUGUGCUGAAGCUUUGGGAAUACCUUGUCACCUGGUUUUCACAAUGCCUUGGAGCAGUACGGGCGCAUUCGCACAACCUCUGGCUGGAUUGACGCUUGACUCCAAAGGGAAAAGAAAGGAAAGCAAGUCGUCCACUUCAACCAACCUCGUGUCCUAUUCAGUGGUGAACUUCUUGACCUGGCAAGGACUAGGAGACAUUGUCAAUCAUUGGCGAGUCGAGACGUUGGACCUCGAGGCCGUCCCAUCGACCGAAGGGCCUCAUCUAGUGGAAUCGCUAAAGGUUCCUUUCACAUAUUGUUGGUCUCCAUCACUUGUGGCCAAACCAUCCGACUGGGGCGAGCAUAUCGAUGUGUGCGGCUUCUUCUUUCGCGACCCUCCAUCUUACACUCCUCCAGACGACCUCGCACGAUUCCUGAGCUCAGGACCACGCCCCAUCUACAUUGGCUUUGGUAGCAUCGUUGUUGGAGAUGCCGAGGGAUUGAUGUCAAUGGUUUUGAGCGCGGUCAAAGCUGCCGGAGUUCGCGCCGUAAUCUCCAGAGGCUGGAGCAAUCUGACUGCUGACGAAUCAGACGACUUGUUCUUUGUUGGCGACUGUCCGCACGAGUGGUUAUUCCAACAAGUUGCCGCUGUUGUACACCAUGGAGGUGCUGGAACUACAGCGUGCGGGUUAAGAUAUGGAUGUCCAACGGCUAUCGUGCCCUUCUUUGGCGAUCAACCAUUUUGGGGAACCGUGGUUAAUGCGGCAGGCGCUGGACCUCCUCCACUUCCAUAUGAGUCCCUGACAUCUCAGCGGUUAGCUCAAGCAAUCGAAUUUUGCCUUUUGCCCACGACCCGGGAAGCCGCUUCGGUGCUCGCAUGCAAGAUAGCUGCCGAAGACGGCGUUCAAAACGCAGUCGACUCUUUCCAUCGCAGCCUACCAAAGGAAUUGCUGCAAUGCGACUUUUUCCCCGAAGAGACAGCAGUCUGGUCGUACGGAAGGGGGAGGAAGCAGGUCAAGAUGUGUCGUGGGGUUGCAUUGGUUCUUCGUCAACAUGGUGUGGACCUCAAGGACUUGAGACUACACAAGACGGGGAAUAUCGAUAUUGAAAACCACCGAUGGGAUCCGUUCACGGCUGUUUCUGCCGCUUCCCUCUCGACAGUUGCAGGCGUUGCUGAUGCGACGGUUGACAUGGUACGCAGACCGAUACAAGAAUACCGUCGUGAGCGGUCAGAACCCGAGGUCGAUGGUCCAAGUGAUGCAACCACCAAGGGCACCGUAGCCAUUCCCAGCGGCGCUGCCAUGCUCCCAUUAGUGGACACGGACACGAUAUUGAUGUCUACUGAAAAGUCUCUUGCAAAGAAAAGUUCGAAUCGCUUGGAAGCAUUACCGGAGCAGUCUUUGAAAUCGGCAUCCAAAACAUCGUUGGAAACCACGUCACAGUCAUCCUUGAAAUCUUCAAACUCACAUUCCAAAGCGAGCGCCGCGGCAUCGGCUUCGGCACACAGUAUGGGCAAUGCAGUAGCUCGAGCCACGCGGGGUGUAUUUGUGGACAUUCCACUUGCUGCUACUGAAGGCAUGCGUGCCGUUCCCCAGCUCUGGGGCGAAGAGGUUGAGAAGCACGAACACAUUCACGACCUGCGCAGUGGCGUGUCCGUGGCCGGGCGCUCGUUCGUUGGGGGCAUCACCGGGGCGAUAAAGGGAGUUUUCAUGCGAACGUACGAAGCCAAGCGCAAGGAGGGGGCUAUUGGCGCCAUAAAGGGCUUGAGCCAGGGCUCCGUAGGGCUCGUAACCAAGACCAGUUCCGCCGUCACGGGCUUGGUGACUUAUCCCGCUCAGGGAAUCUCAAAGAGCAUUCGUGCGAGGAUACGCGGUGAAGCUCGGCGCAGAGUCACUCAGGCAAGAUGGCGAGAGUGCGAAUGGCUGUUGGAGAGCGGGGAGUGGAACAAAGAUACAUCCAGUGUCUUACAUGAUUUUGAGGGACUGAAGGGUCGCAACAUCUAA